GGCCGCGCUGGAGCGGGCCUAGCUGAGUCUGGGGUGGGCUUUGGCCCGUAGUAGAGAAGCCCAGGACGUGUAGCUUGUGGCCUAGAAUAUGGGGGUAGUAGGCGGGUCGGGAGCCAGGGCUUGGCGGGGUGAGGGCGUGGCCACACAAGUGGGGCUAACGUGGAGUUGCGGGUAGCAAGUACCAGAGUGGGAACGGGAAAAAAAAAAAGAAGUGGCCUUCUCAGUUGGCAGUACAACUUGUAAAAUGUGUAACUGUCUGAGACGGUGACCUUUAAGUUAAGCUGCUUUCUUAGCAUGACAGCAUUUUCUUGUAAAUCAGUAGCCAAAACGCCCCUAACCUAACAGAGAAACCACACACUCUCUACAGGUCUCCUGUCCUUCCCGGAGACCCCUUAGCAGCCUGGAUUUGGGAUGGCUGGGUCGGGUUCAUGCUCUGAUUCAUCCAGCUAAAUACUGUGGGAAACCAGGUGUGUACUAGGCACCCUAGUACGUCCUAGGGAGUAAGGUGAGGAUGGCGAGCCAAACAGACUCCUGCUUUCUUGAAGCUGGCCUUUAAUUGGGGAAUAUGUAACCAAAGAAAGCCCGGGGAAGGUCUGACUGAAGAAGUAAGCUGAGCGCAAAUGGACAAAUAGAAGAGAACCAGAGGAAGCACACUGCGGGGAGGGGGACACACUUCCUUAACUAAGGUUGGUGGGCCAGAAAGAAAAAGCCUAUGAAACCGGAGCAAAAGAGGGGUGAGAUGACCUCCAUCUUGCGAAGUCCUCAGGCUCUCCAGCUCACACUGGCGCUGAUCAAGCCUGAUGCGGUUGCCCACCCUCUGAUUCUGGAGGCUGUUCAUCAGCAGAUUCUGAUGAACAAGUUCCUCAUUGUACGGAUGAAAGAACUAAAGUGGAAAAAGGAAGACUCCGGGAGGUUUUACCGAGAGCAUGAAGGGCGUUUUUUCUAUCAGCGGCUGGUGGAGUUCAUGGCCAGCGGGCCAAUCCGAGCCUAUAUCCUUGCCCACAAAGACGCCAUCCAGCUUUGGAGGACGCUGAUGGGACCCACUAAAGUAUUUCGAGCACGCUACAUGGCCCCAAAUUCAAUCCGUGGGAGCUUGGGCCUCACUGACACCCGAAAUACCACCCACGGCUCAGACUCCGUGGUUUCCGCCAGCAGAGAGAUUGCCGCUUUCUUCCCCGACUUCAGUGAACAGCGCUGGUAUGAAGAGGAGGAACCCCAGCUGCGCUGCGGUCCUGUACGCUACAGUCCAGAGGAAGGCAUCCACUGUGCAAUUGAGACAGGAGGCCCCAAGCCGGCCUAGUAAAGUCCCCUUAGUUCCUGAGGACAGGUCUCUGUUAGGGUCAGGGAAGGGGGCUGAAGCCAUUGUCUGUCUGUUGGACCCCCCACCUGCUGGAAGGUCUAGCAUAGCACUGUUCAGUUGCUGCGGUCUAGCUCUAUCUACCUCUUCUAUGGAAUAUUCAUGGGUGCUCGGGAAGAAUGGUGAUGCCUCUUUUUUCAAAGCACUGGCAUCCUCACUCAAGAAGGAGCCUACCUGUUGACCAGGAAAAUGCAGUGCCUGUGUAACCAACAUUUGCCCUGGCUUCCUUAAUAAAUUGUUCUACUGAA